UAAACGGUCGGCGUCGGGGUAUCUCAAAAUUCAUCGCGAACGGUUUUCCGUUUUAAUAAUUCAUUUCCGGAUUAAAAAGCGUCGCUUAAAAGGAAGUUUCGUAAUUAAUUUAAAUAAAACAGACUAAUUUGAAUUGAUGUAAAUUUAAAUUUGAGAUUUUUACUCAAAACAUUAUGGGUUGGGUUAAGAAUCUUGAGAUAUUUCGCGGUGUAAGUAAGGUUAAUAGUGAUGGAGGUGGUUCGAGGAUGUAGAAGAAAAAAUAAGAUAAAAGAAAAAAUAAUUUUUUCUGGUUAAGGAAAAAAAAUGCAUUACAGAUUGAUAUGUUGAGAAUUGGGAUGCUAUUGAGUUGCAUCUUUAUGUCAAACACCGCAUUAGAUGAGCAAAAACAAAUCCACCAAAACGAACUGAUGACGGCGAUCACUUCCGGUCAAGAUUUGGAUUUCGACAAUUACGCGGUCACCUGCUACAUUUGCGUUAACGUUUCCGACAAUCUUAUCUGCAAUCAGUACGCGAUUGAUAGACCUUGCAAACCAGGCGAAAAUUUUUGUCACACUCUUCAUAUAAUGGAUUCGAAAGGAACGAGCGUUUUGGUGAAUAAAAGGUGCACCUCGGAGAAGGAAUGCCAAAGAACGCAAGUGGGAUGCGUCGAAAUUGACACUCAAACGAUUUGCGUGUCUUGUUGCGACCACAAUUACUGCAACAAAUUGGUCCCGUACAACUCAUCGACGGCGAUAUUCGACGACAAAAUCACCAAAAUGCGAAUGUUGGCUAAAAACCUUUUCAAAGAGAAGGAGAAAGCCGAAACGAUUUCGAUUAAAGAGGCGACAUCUUCAGGGCGAAACGUUUAUUCGCUUCUAAUACUAUUUCCGACCUUAAUGAUAAUACUUCGACUGUUAGAUAGGGGAAUAUUGUGAUAUUAAUCGGGCUUAAUUAUUUUAAUGUAAAAGAAAUAAAAUGAUGUGUUUUUUUUUAUUUUUUUAAGUUUCGGUGAAAAUAAAAAAAUCGUUUCGGUUUUUUUGUAUACAUUUUAAGAUUUAAAAAAGAUAAUGAUGGAAUAAAGUUAUCUUGCUUAGU